UUUCUAUUUUCUCGGCACGAUUUGCAAAGCCACAUGACCUAACCAAGGAUUUGGCCUUUUUUCUCAUGAGGGGAUUAAAGACAGGGGGAGUGGAGGUGGAACCUGAGCUUCAAUUAGAAGAUCAAGUUCUAAAGGUUGAGUGGGAAGAGUCCCAGCUGCACUCAGGAUGAAAAAAGGAUCCAGUCGUCUAUUGUCUCAUUACAGACUCAUACGAUCUCCAAAUGUUCCCCUCUGGGUCACGUAAGAGCCCACUUCCUUCUCAGCCUGUUGGAGUGAAUGAAGAAGACCUUAGCAGCUACAACUGCAGAGUCCACUCGGCCCUGGAGAAAGAAGAGAGCCAUGUUUCUAGCAAUUGCACCUCCGACACUUCUAGCUCUUAUCGUUCGGCGCCGAGCUCGGAAGAGGCCGAGAGCUUUAAAGACUGUAUUGAAUACUUGGACGAAGCUGGAGGGGAUCGUAUCACGCAAUGCACUUACUGUGACGCGGAAUACGAACAAGCAAUGUUGAUACUCUCUGCAGAUCAGACAAAACUUGCUCGCAAAAGCAGAAUCUCCGCAGCUACAGCCAGACAACCCCACAGGACUUUGAAUGAUGUCAGCAACUCUUACCAAGGGAAAAGAAAUAGUUCUUCUGCAUCAUCUGGAGACAUCCAAGUUCAUUUCCCCCCAAAUAAGAGCAAGACUUUGGGAGGCUCAAUGCCAGUCCAAGGGGCGAGAGUGCAGAGCCUGCAAGCAGACCUCCCCAGUGCUAUAAAAGAUCAAAACUGGAGAGACAAACUCUGCUUCAGUGGUAAGGAAAGCCAACAGGUUCAGACGUCAAUCAAAACUAAUAAUAGCUCAGACCCAGUAUGCAGUAGUGGAAUGGGUCUAGUCACACCAAGGCUGCAGCCAGGAGACAGCAGCGGAUCUAAAUACUUGGAUCAUCCUGCACAAUUCAGUGCUGAUAAAUCCAAGGAAAUGUUGCCCAGUGCUCGCAAGCUGAAGAAGAGCAGCCUUGGCAGUCGACCGCAUGGUCCUGUAAGUAGCAAAUCAGCAUGCCCCAGAUAUAAUUUUGUUGAAAAUUCAGGUGUUUUGAGUGAUUCCGAUGAGGCUGAUAAUGAAGUGGAAAAGCUCACUGCUGGGUCUUUCCGGAGCCUCUCGUGUCCCCAAGGCAGUUACCUAGAUAUGUAUAGUUCUAGUAAUGGGACGUCAUCCAGCCUGUCCAAUUCCUUGCCAGAAGAUUGUAAUGGACUGAACAGGUGGCCGGCGUGCAGUGAUCAAAGGAAAACAAUGUUGGUUGGCCACAGCAAAGGAAACUGGACGUUCCCACCACCAGGCAAAGACCCAGAAACAGAACUGCUCAGUGGAGUCCUGGGGAAGGAACACAUUGAGUGCCUUGAUUUCAGACAAGAGAAUGCAGAUAGCAAAAAGAGCCUGUCUAAAAAGAGAAUGGUGCCCAAACGCCAGAUCCAGUUGAGACGGAAGGACAAAAAGGAGACGGGCUUUUGUGCUCCUGGCGAGCCUGCGUCCAUGCAGUCAUUCACACAGCCAAGGAAAGACCCGUCUGCAAAAGGGAGGAAUAUUAGUGAUGAGUUUCGGAUAAAUUAUAAGCAGUUUCUAAAAGCGGCUUCUCUAGGCAGCGCUUAUAGCAAAACCAAGCUUGCUUCCAAUCUAGUGAAAAACGUCUUGGCUAAAAAACUGCAAUAUGAGCAAAGGAUUAAAAUGGAACAAGCUUCCAUCCAGGACAGCUCACCUUCCUCGGUCCCUUCCUCCAUCAGUACUGAUCUCCAGGGGGAUAGCUUAGAAGGCAAGUCAAGUUCUUUGUCCAAAUCCGAUUGCAGUUUCUCAACCGAGGACGUGCAGAGCCAUUCCACCACCAGCGAGCGGUCUGAACCUCUUGCUAUCAGUGAGGGAGGCAGAAAUACCUUAAGGCCAACGAAGGGAGUUGUGCUCAAUAAGCAGCUGAGAGAGAAUGUCUACAAACUGAAGAAUACAUUUAAUGAGCUGAAUGAGAGAAUGAAGUACCAAGAAGACGCUCCAUUGGACAGACUCCCUGUCUCGGCAGAAGGUGGGGUGAACGUUCUAGAAUCGAGCAACAUCAGAAAAGAGGCCUCUGGGGAAAGGCAGGAAUAUUGGAGAGCCCGAGCCGUGUUUGAGGCCAUGCAGGACGACCCCAAAACCUUACCUCUGGCUCCCAAAUUUGCAAAGUCACAAAAGCCAUGGCCAAAUCUGAAGCAGCGAGCUAUCCAGCAAAAGAAGGCCCUGCAUUCAAAAGAAGAUACCUUUCCUUUUAAACCUUCAAGCCUGGCGGGGCCCAAAGAUACCUCUAGGAACACCUUUGUAUCCAAAACUAAAGAAAUGAAACUCGUCCCACAGAUGAAGAAUAAGCACAGUGUUCCCAAUGCCUUCAGGCACACAUCUUGGGACAGAGGUUUCACCACCAAAAGGGUGCCGACAUUUCAGAGCAUGAAACUGUCCUCAAUCAUUGUUCCAGCGUCUGGCAAAUUCCACAACACCGGCAGAUUCGAUUGUCCUAAAGCAACUUUCACCGAGGAAACUGCUCACAUGCCAGACAAAGGGAAUGUGAGGACACAUCAAUCCAGAGGGGUUAGAAAAAUAGUGAACGAGGCAUACAACUUUGGCUUUAAAUCCACAGAGGCUUCCAGUGCUGACCAGAGUUCUAGUGCAGAAAAAAGUGAAAACGACAACUUAACUGGGUUUCCAAAGGAAUCCACUACCAUCUCUCCUCUCUUCAUACACUGCACCUCAAUAUGUAGGAAAGACUACGUACCGGCAGGACGUCACACGCAGGAGAAAAAGCAAGAGCAACCCGAAGGCUUAGAUAUGUCAACACUUUCUCUCCAGGAGGCCAGUACAAAGAUGUCCAGGGACCAUUUUCCUCCCAUGACAUCAAACAAAAGUUCAGCAAUGGGUGAAUCUGGGGUACAUAUUACUACAAUUCAGUCCAAGAAAUUAGCUGUCGGAAAUAAAGAAUUUCAGCCCACAGUUAAAAAGAAACCAGUAUUUUGCGAGCGGAGUGAAUUAAAUGUCAGACCCGCUUCCACCACUGCCAAGAAAGAAUCUCAGCUUAAUAUUCAAGUGAACAGUUCUAUCUCCAAGCAGCCACACACAACGGCAGGUGAUUAUUUCCCCUGUGUGGGUUAUUCGGCAGUAGAUGAUAGGAUGAACAGAGAAACCUGGCCUCAGUUUAAUCACAGAGAAAAUAAAGCUGUUGCUUCAUCUGAGAUCAUUGUGAUUCCACCAUCGGCCUAUGUCCAGGAAAUCUCAAUGAGAGAGAAUAACUGUUCGACUAAAAGUCGUAUGCAGGACUCUUGCAAAGUAGAAGAAGCUGAACUGCCCUACCAGAAACAUCGAUCCUGCGAAACCCUCACAGUGGGUCCCAAGGACGGGAAAGGUUACUCUGUCCUUUCGAAAGAAGAAAAUAUAUUUUCUGAAUCGCUGCCAUGCUGUGAAAACUAUCGGUACCCACAAGCUACCCGAGUUCCAGUCAUAAAUAUUCCAAAAUUGCAGAUGCAAACUCCAGCAAAUAAUCAAUACAUUGAUAGAGCAUAUGAAACAACAGCAUCGGAAGACAGAAAGCCCUUAGACGGCCACCACAGAAUACAUUCAGAAAGUAUAAUUUCAGAUAAUCCAUUAACAGCAAGAGAAUAUAUGGAAGGAAUCAAGCUUGUGUCGAAUUCGAUGUUUACCCCAAAAAUCUCUGAGGAAAAAGUCCACGACUCUGGAUGUGAUUAUUUUAAUAACAGCCACCAGGCAACAAAUGAACAGUAUUUUUCUACUACCCAAGCUGACAACACAAAUUACUUAACUAUUCCUGUGAAAACACAUCCAUCUGAGCCAGACCCUAAGCAGUCGCCACCUUUGCACAUGGAUAACACUUCGUUCACCUCCAAUGUUUCUUUCCAGCCAGGAGUGGACCUAUCUGGAAAUAAAAUGAGCAAUGAAUUUUUCCCAUCAAAACAAAUGGAGAGGAAAACUCCCUCUGAUCAUUUGUUAUACAGCGCCCCAUGCCUUGGGCAACUCCCCCUAAGGCAUGAAGAGUCCCCCAGUUUCCCAAGAAGAAAUGAAAGAGUUUCACCUUUGGGUAAAAGUGCUCCAAGCCCAACAAGACAUUUUGCUGCUCCUCUACAGGCACAUCGAAAAAUGCUGGUUGAUCCCGAGAGCGGCAAAUGCUAUUAUGUAGAAUCCCCAAGGCAACCUCAGUUGAAGAUGCUUUAUGACCCAGAGACAGGACAAUACAUUGAAGUAUUAAUACCACCAGCUCCUCUGCCACCACACAGUGGACUUUACCAACCGCCUUUUCCAUCAAUGGUCAUGAACCCAGGAAGUUAUGGGCAACCUUACAUGACAUAUUCUGGAUGUCCAGGUUUUCCCCCUCCACCUGCACCACCUGGCCCUCUGGAUCUCCAAGACCAACUGCCUGUUCAAGAAAACGCAAACUUUAGUGAUGGUUUUAACCAUUUUGCAAAGCAUGAAGCUCCUUCAGUUCCUGAUGGCAACUAUAUGGAAAGUUUAUAUUAUAUUCCCACUGGGAUGAAUUCAAGUCCUAAUCCUAGCCAAGUUUUAUAUUCUCCGUCUACAAGUUCUGGUCCUUUGCCUAGGAUGUGACAUGCAAUGAAACAAACAAGCACUUCUGCCAAAAACUAGGUUGGUUUUUUUUUUCAGAUCCUCCUUCUCCUCCUUCUUCUCCUUCUCCUCCUUCUUCUCCUUCUCAUAAAUGUUAAGCCAAACCUCUUUGCCUGAAUCUUGGAAAAGGAUAUGGCAGGAAAGUUGGUUGCCUUUUGUUCGGUUUAUUAGUUUGUUGGGUUCUGAAGGAUUUGAGAGGUAAUGAGAAACCAAGCCUCAUUGAACACACUUCACUUCCUUGACAAAUGUAUUUUUACGCAAACAUCUCUGUCAAUAAUACGUCACAUUCUGGUGCUAACUGAACUCAAUGGGAGUUUUGGGAGGCUUUUCCAAUGGAAGGACCAGGAUCAGCCUACAAGGUUUUCAUUUACAGUUCUCAGUUUGUAUCUUGAGGUAUGUUAUAAAGUGCAGUAUUCUGUUGUUGAUCCUGCUCCUGAGGAAGUCACAACCUUUGACUCUUCUGUAGAAAUGAAAUGUUCAUUCAGUCAAGUUUUAUGAAUAUUAUGGACAAAUCACCAAUAGUUACAGACGUCAUUGUUUCUUACCGAUACUCCACUUUUGCCAUUAGAGUUCAAUCAAUUAGUAAAGCUUUGUUAUGAGAACCGAAGGCCACGCGGGUCGGACAACCUGAGAAGAAGGCUUGGAUCAUCCCCUGAGCUUCAUCUUUGCCAAAGCUCUGUACGAAAGGGACAGAU